GCCGGGCCGGGUUGGGUUGUGUUGAGCCGUGCCGAGUCGACAUAAAGCGUGCGGAGCUGCGCUGGAGACCUACACAAAGAUGGCCACAGUUUCCCUUGGCUUCAACAUCGACUCCCCACGCUGGGACCAGAGCACCUUUGUGGGGCGCCUGAAGCACUUCCUCAACAUCACUGACCCUCGGACAGCGCUGGUGCCGGAGGAGGAGCUGGACCGGGCCAAAGCCCUGGUGGAGGGCUGCAGGGCCGGGCUGGUGCCACCAGGAAGCAGCCAGGAGCAGCUGCUCUAUGCCAAGAAGCUGUACGACUCAGCCUUCCACCCUGACAGCGGUGAGAAGAUGAACCUCAUUGGGAGGAUGUCCUUCCAGGUGCCAGGGGGCAUGGCCAUCACUGGCUGCAUGCUCCAGUUCUAUCGGACAGUGCCUGCUGUGAUUUUCUGGCAGUGGGUGAACCAGUCAUUCAAUGCCUUUGUCAACUACACCAACCGCAACGCUGCUUCCCCCAUCUCUCUGAGACAAAUUGGUGUGGCUUAUGUCACAGCCACUGGUGCAGCCCUGGCCACUGCAGUGGGACUCAACCUCUACACCAAGCGAGCCCCUCCCUUGCUGGCCCGCUGGGUCCCAUUUGCAGCUGUGGCUGCUGCCAACUGUGUCAAUAUCCCCAUGAUGCGGCAACAGGAGAUCAUCAACGGGAUCACAGUGACAGAUGAGAACAACAACGAGCUCGGACGCUCCAGGAGGGCAGCAGUGAAGGGCAUCGCGCAGGUUGUGCUCUCCAGGAUCACCAUGGCAGCACCAGGCAUGAUUAUUUUGCCCAUCAUCAUGGAGCGGCUGGAGAAAUUCCCCUUCAUGCAGCGGAUCCGGGUUCUCCACGGGCCUCUGCAGGUGCUGCUCUGCGGGGGCUUCCUCCUGUUCAUGGUGCCAGCAGCCUGCGCCCUCUUCCCCCAGAGAUGCUCUCUUGCACUGGCUGACCUUGAGGUGGAGCUGCGUGACAGUAUCAUGGCCAAGCAUGGGGACAAAGUGCCUUACGUCUAUUUUAACAAAGGACUGUGAAUGGAGACUACCUCAGGAACCAUUGCACCCCUCUGGCCUCCUGCCACCACCAAUCCCAUGUCCCCUGAGCAGGGGCAGAGGCACAGCCCAGUCCGGUCUGCUCCCCCACCCAGCACCUUCUCUGCAGCCUUCUUCCACUGUAGAAUCAGGAUCUGACUUUGUGUGUCCAGCUUGCAGCACUUUGGCAUGUCCUGAGCCAUCCCCAUCUGCUGCUGGCCAUGUCUCAGCCUUGCCAUGUCCCUCUUGCCCUGGGGGAUGCCUGUGCUUCCUGUGCCUUCCUUUGGCCCAGCCUGUCUGGGCCUCACUGGGUUUGGCCCCAAGAGGCAUGAGGCACUCUCCCUUGGGGCUCAGAGCACAGUUCUACCUCCAAAAGCAGAUAUCCUGCCAUUGUACCUGCCUUAAACUAUCACAGUAGCCUCUUCCCAAGAGCUGGAUCAUGUCUUGGCAGGUGUGAAGGGACCUGCUUUCUCUGCACCACGAGAAUGAACAUCCCAAAGUCCAAAGACCAAUGCUUAGACUAUGCAUUCCUUGCUCUCAGGUUCAGGUUCUAUUCACUCUGUGUUUGCCACCAUCUAGGAAAGAAACAGCUAAUUGUUUUUAGCUCUAAUUUUUUCAAUCCUUUGAGCACUGUCACCCUUGUCCUAUAUCUCUUAUCCCCACAGUAGAACCAUGAAACUACAGCUUUAGGGGACAAUUGUCUCUGUACCCCCUUGACAUGGGGAAGAGGACACAAAUCACAGAAUUGUUAGGGUUGGAAGGACCUCUGGAGGUCAUCUAUUCCAGUCCCCCUGCUGAGGCAGGAUCACUAGAGCAGAUUACACAAGAAUGAAUUCAGGUGAGUUUUGAGUAUCUCCAGAGAGGGAGAUUCCACAACCUUCCUGGGCAGCCUGUCCCAGUGCUUUGCUAUCUUCAGUAUAAAGAAUUUCUUCCUCAUGUUGAGGUGGAACUUCUUGUGAUUUAGUUUAUGGCCAUUGCUCCUUGUCCUGUCACUGGGCACCAGUGAAAAGAGCCUGGUAUCAUGCCUUUGGCACCUGCCUUUGAGACAUUUGUGUGCAUAGAUGAGAUCCCUUUCAGUCUUCUCCAAACUGAACAGACCUGGCUCCCACAGUCUCUCCUCAUAAAAGACAUUCCAAAUCCCUCAUCAUCUUUGUGGCUCUUCAUUGAACACAUUGAACACAGUAGCUCCUCUCUUUCUUGUCACAGAGCUGUCAGGGCAUUAAUUCAGGCUCUGAGUAGCAUCAUUGCAAACAACAGAGGAAGGUUGAAAAAU